AUGUCACCUACCAAGCCACCCGCAUCUACUCGACCUCGACGUUCAUUACCUACUCCGAUCAACAGUCGAACCAGAUCAAUUCGAGAAGCUCAAGACAGUGGAACCGAUACGGAGAAUGAAAAUGAAGCUGGGCCUUCGUCAGUAGGUAACGAUGUUAAGGGAAAGGGCAAGGAGAAAGAGAAAGUACCGGAAAGAAGGGUGUUACCAGCUAGGAUAAGGAGAUCAGCAGGUGGUGGGGAAGGUAUGAGGGAGGUUGAGGAGAUGAUCAUUGAUUGGUUCGAGAGAUGGGGUGAACCAUCUACAACACCACCGAAACAACUUCCAAUCCACCUUACUUCCCUACCCCUCUCUUUUGUCUCUCCACCAACGACGAAAACCCAACAGGACGUGGCUGUACCGACUAUAACGCUCACUCCGAGUCGGCGAAAAGCCGAAGAAGGAGAAGGUCGAUUAGGUAAAGAAGAGAAGAUCGAAGUUCCUGAUUGGGUGAUGGUAAAAGCUGGCGAGGAUGAUAAGGAAGAAGCGAGGGAAGAACUUGUUUUUGGGCGCGGUGGGAAGGGGAAGGGGCCGGUCAGUCCAGUUAAGAGAUUAAGAAGGGGUGGAAUAGGUGAUGAGGUCGAAGAAGAUACAUCCGAUUCAUAUUACCUGUCCUUACAUAGGAAAUACGAAGUAUUCGAAAGGAGACAACGUAUAAGGGAGAAAGAGAAAUUGCAAUUUGAGAGGUACAAGAUGAAAUCAAGAUUAGACCUUUUGAAGAAUAUACCCAGGUUGAAUUGGAUUUUAAUCGUUAACACGAUCUUGCAGAGGUUUACCAAUCAGGAUCAACCUACCACGUCGAAAGCAGGUGAAGAGCUUGAUACAAAUGGGGAGACCAAAAAAGAAGAUGGGAUUAGUAGAGCUAAAGCGAAAAUAAGAGAUAAUGGAGAAGAAUGGCUGAAGGAUUUGUUGAUAAGGGAAGGUGAACAGUUGAUGAAGAGGUUUCAGGAACUGUUACCUCCAGAACCUAGAAAACCAAAACAUUCCUCAGCUAAUACACCCCAUCAACCCUCAUCAAGACUUUCAACCCCAUCUCGAGCCUCUCCUUCACUCUCACCUUCCCUGACGCCCCCUCCCGUCGUCUUGCCUGCCAGAGUAGCCGCUCUUCGAGAUCCACCAUCGACUGUCUCGUCAACAAACAAACGUAAGCGCAGAUCGACCAUUGCCUCAACAUCCACUACCACUACUACUGCGGAUCAUCCAGCUGGAGACGAGAAAACUCCCUCAAAGGGGGAAAGAAGGUCUACAAGGGUGAUCAACACCUACGGUAAAAAUAGAGGUGACAUUGAUGGAUCUUCACCUAGCGAUGCGAUGAUAAUUGAUAGUAGUGAUGGUGAUAGUGAAAGCGAGGAAGAGGAACCGUAUUCCCCCUCUGAAGUAAUCAUACCCAGUACUUCAAAGACUCGCAAGGCUACAACGUCUGCAGCUAUAAUGGCGACGGACACAACUACUCAAACAUCGCUGCCGUCCAAACCCAAUUUCAAAGCCAUUAAUCAUACACAACAAAGUAUCAAAUCGUUUUUCAAACCACCACCACCUCCUCAGAAUCAGAAUCAGCCAUCGAUAACUGUCAGACCACUCGCUCCGAGACCUUCUUUUACGACUACAACCGCUACUACUUCCAAGACCAACUCUACCAUCGUGUCCUCCCUUACUACUUCUACACCAGCCGUAUCGACCUCUGUUCGCAAUGCAAAUAAUGUUCCAGCGAAAUCAGCGAUUACAACUCCCGCUCAAAGGCCAUCCUCUUACCCUAUUCGGGUACCAUGCUUGAUUGAAGCUGCUUCCAGGCGAGAGUCCGGGUUUGGUCGUGGUCUACAAAAAGAGGCUGGUGAUCCUCAAGGUCUCGGAGUUGGCGCCCUAAAUGUGUCAAGGGGAAGAUCAGGGUCGAUAUCGAAUAAGAGGUUUGACAAUGUGAAUGGCAAUAGAGAUAAUGUAACUCCUUUUGGUGUGGCUUUACCUGGUAGACUCGAAUGGAAAUCCGAGUUCACUAUCACAGACGAAGAAGAUUUCUGGCCGAUCAUCGCUCACAGACAAAAUAUCCGAUCAUUGAUCAAUAACAAUAACAAUAACAGCAAUAAUGAUCAACGUAAAAUAUCAAAUGGUAUAUCACAUGUUCCUCUUACUAGGGAUGAUAGUGUUUUGACACCUGAGGAAGUGGAAGAAUUAGAAGGUGUCGAAGAAGCCGUUGUACUGUAA